UUCUAGAUUAAAAACUGGAGCUCUGUGGUGAUCUUUUGCAAUGGAAAAUCUGGGUGAAGGUUGUGGUCAUUCUGAAGGAAUGGAACCCUUGAAGCCAACAUGCUUAAAAAGGAAACUUAAAGUUGUUAAAAAACAUGUUGACUCUGACAAUGGACAGAUUGUGGAUGAAUCUGUAAAUAAAUUUCAGUCAGGUGAAAAUUCAGAUAUUCAUGUUAUGAAAAGCUUUACUCAAGGUAAUUUGGUUGUACAAUCAGAAUCAGUGAUGAAGAAAGACAAGGAUAUUCAGCAGCCUGAAGUUAGCAAGAAAAGUAAAAUGAAAACUGAAGCUCUCAAAAAACAUGUUGGAGUAAGGCUACAUAGAAUUGUGAGUUGCACUGCUUGUGGACAACAGGUGAACCAUUUUCAGAAGGAUUCAGUAUAUAGGCAUCCUGCACUGAAUGUCCUUAUUUGUAAGAAUUGCUACAAAUAUUAUAUGAGUGAUGACAUAAGCUGUGAUUCUGAAGGAACGGAUGAGCAGUGCAGAUGGUGUGCAGAAGGUGGAAAUUUAAUUUGUUGUGACACUUGCCAUAAUGCGUUUUGCAAAAAUUGCAUUUGGCGCAAUCUAGGGCGAAAGGAGAUUUCAAAAAUAAUGGAUAAAAACAGUCAGUGGCAUUGCUAUAUUUGCCACCCUGAGCCUUUGUUAGAUUUGGUUACUGUAUGUGACAGUGUAUUUGAGAAUUUAUCACAACAGAAUAAAAAGAGUGGUAAGACAAGUGAACAUCCACAUAAAUUCCACCGUCCCACCAAAGAUGGAACUUGUACUGAAGAAAAACAUCAAUCAGAUGAUUCUUACUCUGAUUCUGUAACAUCAUUCAUGGUUCUAAAAGACUUGAUUAAAGAGACAAAGAAGUUGGUUGAGAACACUGCAAAUGUGAAGUCUAGUUUUAUGACUUUUUUGGAAGAAGCUGCCAGUAGUUCAGGAAUUAGCCCAGUUAUGAAGUUAAAUCAGUUGAAAGCCAUUAGAUCUGUGGUGAGUGAUAUAAAUAAGGCUCAUAAGACAUUAGAAGAAUGCUUGAACAAGGGGCUAAGAGGCUUGGAUGUUAGAGACAAGGAAGAAAAUAUUGAAGAAAGAAAAAAUGAGAAUGUUAAGAAAGAUACUAAAAUUAAAAAUGUAGAUGAAAACUACGAAGUGGAAAAUAAAGUUGUUAUGAAAACAGAAGAGUUUUUGCAUGAUAAAACUGAUUCAGAUAUAUUGAUUCCAACAGCAGUAACUGGUGAAGUUAAGAAUGAACAGUUUCAACUUCCCUGGACAUCUAAAUCUUUAGAUAUAGACAUUAUGCAUAUUCCUUUUUCAGGACCUGAACAUAUUUUUGAGAAUCUAGAAACUUCAGUAAAUAUCCAGAAGGAUGAAAAUACUGAAAUAUACAAGAACCCAGAAAAUGGCUCUUUAAAAACAAAUGAACCCUCAAAAGUUGGCAAAAGAAGGUUGAAGUUAAAGAUAUUAGCCAAAGAGACAAAGAAAUGUAUUAAGCUUUCUCCUGCUUCCAUAUCAGAUUCCUCACUGAAAGACUCUGUAAGUCAAGAGAAAAGAGAAGAGAAAUAUCAGCAGGAGACCAGUAUUACAGAAAUUAUUGAAGUCCUCAAGGAAAAGACUAUUCCUGAAAAUUACUCUGAAUUUUUUAGGGAAGAAACAGACCUUCAGCAAUCACCACUUAUAAAAUCAACACCUUUAAUUGGACAAAUAGAAAAGGACCUUGUUACAUCUAACUCAGAAGAAAGUGAUGAAAACUGUAAAGCAGAAUCAUCAGGACUGUGGGAAAAAAAAGGUAGACAAAAUUCUUUGCCUCAUGUUGAAGAAAAGUUCAAAGAAUCCAGUUCAGAUUCAGAUGAAAAGUCAGUUAUGUGCAAAGAGUCUGCUGAGGUGAAUAAGAGUUCUUCAGGGUCAGAUACUGAUUUAAAAUCUGACAGUAUUCAAAAGAAAGUUGUAUCUAAGGCAAAACAUCACAAGCUUAAAUGUGAUAAAGCAAAACAAAAAAAAGACUCCACUUCUGAUUCAGGUGAUGAUGAUAAAAAAAGAAAAGCCUCUAAAUUUUCCAUUGCAGAAGAUGCCAAGAAACAGCAGAAUGAAAAUGCUUUUGUAUCCUCAUCUUCUGACAUAUAUGACAGUGAUAAAUCUCUAAUGACAGUUAUGGAAAAUACUGAUGCAUCAAAUACUGGAUAUUUUCAGUUGCCAGGUAAUGAAAUAAACCCUGUGUUUGCUCCUGUCUUAAUGGAAGAUGAUGAUCCUGAGAAUAGAAUUGCUAAGAAGAUGAUCUUAGAAGAAAUCAAAGCCAAUUUUUCCUCAGCUGAAAGUGAAGAAUCAGAUGGUGUUAAAAAAAGUACUGAAAAGAAAAAUGAAAGCAAUACAGGAAGUGAGGGGAUUUAUGAAAAAAGCAAUUUGGAAUCUAAUUCAGACUCUGAGGAAACUAAAAAGCUUAAGUAUUCAAGCCCAUGGGUUACACACGAUCUAAAUAUACGGGAUGGUGAAUCUACGGAAGAGACAAAAGAAAGAAAACACAGAAAGAAGAGAAAAGGACUUGUUGUUACUGAAGACAUCCCUGAAGUUGAAGAUCAACAACCAGGGACAAGGUUAACAAAAAACAUAAAGGUAGAGGAAAAUCAACGAAGUUAUAAACAGAAGAAGAAAAGGAAACACAUUAAAGUAAAGGAGAUUUUUUCAAGUGAAAAUAAUGAGAGCAGUUCUGAAAAUGAUGAAUCAAAGUCACCAGGAAAAGGUAGAAAGGAAAUUAGAAAUAUCCUUGAAGAUUAUAAAUUAAAAAGAGAAACACAGAAAGCACUUAAAGAAGAAGAGAGGAGGAGAAAGCGUCUUGCUGAAAAAGAGCAAGAAAGAGAAAAAUUAAGAGAGGUGGCAGAUAGUUAUACGUCAUUAGCUAAGUGUCCAGUAACAAUCAAACUUGUCUUAGAUGAAGAUGAAGAAACCAAAGAACCCUUGGUCCAGAUUCAUAAAAACCUGAUUACCAAAUUGAAACCUCAUCAAAUAGAUGGUGUUCAGUUUAUGUGGGAUUGUUGUUGUGAAUCUGUAAGGCAAACAAAGAAAUCAGAAGGCUCAGGAUGCAUUCUUGCCCACUGUAUGGGUCUUGGGAAGACACUACAGGUGGUGACUUUUCUUCAUACAGUUCUCUUAUCUGAAAAAUUGGAUUUUACCACAGCUUUAGUGGUUUGUCCUCUUAAUACUGUCCUCAAUUGGAUAAAUGAAUUUGAGAAAUGGCAAGAGGGAUUAGAAGAUGAUAAAAAACUUAAGGUAUCUGAAUUAGCAACUAUGAAACGCCCUCAAAACAGAAGUCAUUUACUACAGGAAUGGCAAGACAAUGGUGGUGUAAUGAUCAUUGGAUAUGAAAUGUACCGAAAUCUUGUACAAGGAAGGAAUGUGAAGAGUAGAAAAUUAAAAGAAGUAUUUAACAAAACUCUUGCUGAUCCAGGCCCAGAUUUUGUUGUUUGUGAUGAAGGACAUAUACUAAAAAAUGAAGCUUCAGCUGUAUCCAAAGCUAUGAAUUCUAUUCGUUCAAAAAGAAGAAUUAUUUUAACAGGAACACCUCUACAAAAUAAUCUGAUUGAAUAUCACUGUAUGGUUAAUUUUAUCAAAGAGAAUCUGCUUGGUUCUGUUAAGGAAUUUAGAAACUGGUUCAUAAAUCCAAUUCAAAAUGGCCAGUGUGCAGAUUCCACCAUGGCAGAUGUUCAAAUAAUGAAAAAGCGUGCCCAUAUUCUCUAUGAAAUGUUAGCUGGCUGUGUUCAGAGAAAGGAUUAUACAGCAUUAACAAAGUUUUUACCUCCAAAAUAUGAGUAUGUAUUGGCAGUAAGAAUGACUUCUAUUCAGUGCAAGCUUUACCAGUACUAUUUGGAUAACUUAACAGGUACUAGAAGUAGUAGUGAAAAGGGAAGAGGAAAGACAGGAGCAAAACUCUUCCAGGACUUUCAAAUGUUAAGUAGAAUUUGGACUCAUCCAUGGUGCUUACAGCUGGACUAUCUUAGCAAAGAAAAUAAGGGGCAUUUUGAUGAAGACAGGGUGGAUGAAUUCAUACCAUCAGAUUCUGAUGAAACCUCAAUGAGUUUAAGUUCAGAAGAUUAUCCUAAAAAAAAAAAGUCCAAAGGGAAAAAAUAUACUAGCUCAAGUGGAAGCGAUGAUGUAGAAGUAAUUAAAGUAUGGAAUUCAAGAUCCAGAGGUGGAGGGGAAGAAAAAAAGAGUGAACUGGCCAGCACUUCAUCUGUGACCGUAAAACAAGAAGAAAGAAGAGGAACAUACUUUUCACAUCCAGGUAGCCCUUCUCCAUACUGGUACAAAGAUUUUAUUACAGAUUCUGAUGCUAAAGUGUUGGAACAUUCUGGAAAAAUGGUUCUUCUUUUUGAAAUUCUUAAAAUGGCAGAGGAGCUUGGGGAUAAAGUGUUGGUGUUUAGCCAGUCUCUCAUAUCUUUGGACUUAAUUGAAGACUUUCUUGAACUGGGGAGUAGAGAAAUGUCAGAUGAUAAAGACAACCCUCAAGUUUAUAAAGGUAAAGGAAAAUGGUUUCGCAACAUUGAUUAUUAUCGAUUGGAUGGUUCUACAAGUGCACAGUCAAGAAAGAAAUGGGCCACAGAGUUUAAUGAUGAAACUAAUGUGAGGGGCCGACUAUUUAUUAUUUCUACCAAAGCAGGGUCUCUUGGAAUUAAUCUGGUAGCUGCUAAUCGAGUAAUCAUCUUUGAUGCCUCUUGGAAUCCAUCCUUUGAUAUUCAGAGUAUUUUCAGGGUUUAUCGUUUUGGUCAAAAUAAACCUGUCUUUGUAUACAGGUUUUUAGCUCAGGGAACCAUGGAAGAUAAGAUCUAUGAACGUCAAGUAACCAAGCAAUCACUCUCUUUUCGGGUCAUUGAUCAACAACAAGUUGAACGCCAUUUUACUAUGAAUGAACUGAUUGAACUUUAUACAUUUGAACCAGACUUAUUAGAUGAUCCUGAUUUAGAAAAGAAGAAAAAGAGGGACACUCCUAUGUUGCCAAAGGACACAGUCCUUGCAGAAUUGCUUCAAAUACAUAAAGAAUACAUUGUAGGGUAUCAUGAACAUGAUUCUCUUUUGGACCAUAAAGAAGAAGAAGAACUGACUGAGGAGGAGAGAAAAGCAGCAUGGGCAGAAUAUGAAGCAGAAAAAAAGGAACUGCCUCUGCAUUUCACUUUGCCCAAUAUCAUUUUCAGCUCUGAGCCUCCAUUUAUUCCUUUUGAUAUGGAAGCGCUCUCAUCAAUGAGCCAUCAACAAUUGGAAGAUCUUAUUAAUCAGGGAAAAGAAAAACUAGCAGAAGCCACCAACAAUGUGGCUUCAAUAAGGAUUCAGUCUCUUGAAGAGAUAAUCUCAGCUAUAUGGAAAGAAAAUAUACAUUUGACAAAAGCUCAAGUUCAUUCCUUGGCAUUAAGUAAGCAAGCCAGCCAAGAACGAGAUGCUAAGCACAGAGAAGCCAUCUACAAUGAUGUAUCAAUAAGACAACAAAUGUUAAUAAGCUGUGUCCAGCAGAUACGAAUGAAUAGAAAUCUUCUGAGACAAUAUAGUGAAGAAAUGUUAAAUCAAGAAGAAACUUCAACUUACCACCCUGUGAUGCCAGAGCCUCCAAAUCUAGUCAUAAAUCCCUCCAGUUACCUGCAUAUUGAUGUGAAAGGAAUGUAUCAGCCAGUUGCUAGUGGCAUGGAAUCAUCACUAAUAAGAAGCAAGAAUCCAAAAGCUUCCCACAGGAAAUCAAUGUGAUUUUGCUCUAAAAUAUUGAAUGUAUUAUAAAAAUUGACAUUUUAGGAAUCACUAGCUUAAUGGAAAACAAAUGUGUUAAUACUUUGUUUCCUGUAAAUGUCAAGUU